GUACGAGUCCGGCGACAAGGGGGAUUCGUGGACGGAGGCACUCUUGGACACUCUCUCGCGUGUGGGGCAACAAAAAGGGCGAAGAAGCGAAGGGCGUUGGGAGUGGGUUCACCACAGCGACUAUUGAGAACAAGGACGUGAUGCUCGUUACUCUGCCGGUGUAUUCAAACAGAAAGGGAAACGAAAAGGGCGUACUUCAUCUUUGGCUGACAGAUAAUACGCACAUUGUUGAUAUUGGGGCGGUGUCCGGUGAUUAUGACGCUGCCGCCAGCUCCCUGCUGUACAAAAGUGCUGGAAGUGGAAAUAAUAAUGAGAGGUUGAUUGCACUGUACGAGAAGAAGAAAGGCGGUGGGGAAUCAUCACUCGGUAUGGUCUCUGUGCGUCUGACUGCGCAGCUGAGGCGGGUGAAGGAGGUGCUGGCGACGUGGAAGGAAGUGGACAAACGUGUCUCCGAGCUGUGCCCCUCUCCAGGUACUGCGAAGAAUCCCUCAGCUGGCAGUGGCUGCAGCACUGUUAGGAUCACGGAUGGGCUGGUUGGCUUUUUUUCCGGCAACUUCUCUGGUGACACAUGGAGGGACGAGUACCUCGGGGUGAACGCCACAGUGAAGAAAGGAACGAAUGGGGUGGCAACAGGGUAUGCGGAUGGAGUGACGUUCCGGGGAGCGUGGGCGGAGUGGCCUGUUGGCGAGCAGGGGGAGAAUCAGCUGUACCACUUUGCGAACUACAACUUCACUCUUGUGGCGGCGGUGUCUAUUCACGAGGUGCCGACGAAGGGAGAUAACCCCAUUACAUUGGUGGGUGCGACGAUGAACGACGAUAAGAAUACUGUGCUCCUGGGACUGUCGUACGACAAAGAGGGGAAGUGGCAGGUGCUGUGCGGUGGCAAAGCGACCAAGGAGCUCCGCAGUAAUUGGGAGCCAGAGAAAACGUACCAAGUGGCCAUUGUGCUACGGAACGGCAAACAGGGCACCGCGUACGUCGAUGGUCAGCGUGUGGGAGAUGCGUCAUGUGAAUUGAAAAACGUGGAUUCGAAAGGAAUCUCACGCUUCUACAUUGGAGGGGAUGGAGGCAGCGCAGGGAGCAAAGAAGACGUGCCUGUGACCUUGUCGAAUGUCCUGCUGCACAACCGCCCGUUGGAUGACAAUGAGAUCCGCGUCCUCAACGCAAACAAAAUUUCUAUUCCAAAGCUGACAGAUCUGAAAACAUUGGCGGCAAGAGCAACGGAUGAAGGUACCGCUCGUGGCAGCACUGUUUGCGGAGGCGGACUGCUGCCGCUGCUCCUUCUGCUUGGAUUGUGGGGGAUUGCCGCUUCUUGA